AUGGGAUCGUUCGACUUGAUUCAUAAAUUUUGGAAGACGCUGCGAACAGCCAUCAAAACACUGCUCGACCUCGAUCGCACGUUUGAAGCUCUUGUCGCACGCGUCUAUCAAGGCUCAUCCUUGCCAUGUCGUGACCCCACCCAUUCAUACUGGCUCGAGGACCCUCCCUUCCCAGAACUUGUCGAUAUACAAUCAGAAAAACUUGCCGACCAAAGCGAUGUGGUUGUUAUCGGGAGUGACAUAACUGCUGUCGCCGUAGCACGCGGCUUACUUCAAGAAACCGAGCGAAGGAACCAAAAGAUCAAAAUCACCGUCCUUGAAGCCAGAGACAUUUGCAGCGGUGCCACCGGACGCAAUAGCGGUCACAUCAAAGCUUCACCUCACGAAACCUUUGAAAGGCUAGAAGCAAAGUUUGGAGCAGAAAGAGCGGUAGCACUUACCAGAUUUCAAUUAAACCAUGUGGACUAUUUGACAGACAUUUGCAAGAGCAAAGGCUAUGCUCAAGCGGAGUGUCGCAGAGUCGAGAUUGUUGAUCUUUUCUUCGACCAAAAGACAUUUGAUAAAGCCUGUCAUACAACAAGAAAGCUGGAACCAGUUCUUCCAGAAUGGCAGGCUAGAAUUUAUUAG